AUGCGCGAAGGCGAGCCGGAGGAGGUCCAGCUGCGCCCUCCUGCCCGCGUACUGCGCGACCAUGAGCGGGGCGAGGACGCGUACGAGAUGGUAAGGCGGGUAUAUUCGCAGUGCCUGUGGCUCGGAGAGGCGCACACGCCGCUGCGGGCGUUUCUGGAGCUGCUGGAAUCGGUACAGAGCGGCGCCUAUCAUCUCGUGCAUCUCGUGCGCACGCCUGCCGAGAUCCGCGCGCGCUUCCCUGCGUGGGCUCGCGAGAGGCUCUUGGACAUGCACGAAAAAAGGGGCGAGUCGUCUGUGCCCCAUGACCACGAGGCGGCGGCGAUGCACGCUGCACUGACCUUGGGUCCACUGGCGCGUACCUUGCCACAGGAUCCGAGCGCGCUGGCGCAGUUUGUACAUGCGAUGCACUGCAGAGAGGUCCAGCUGCAGCUCGUGCUCCUUGCGUGGCUCCUCGCCAGGAAACGCCAUGGCGAUCCGCACUUGGCGCACGAAGGCGAGGCGCCCAAGGCGAAACGGAAAUCGUCCAAACCACGGCGCUGGACGGGCAUGGCGCCUGCGCUUCCGUUUUCAUUUCUAUGGGACACGAAAAAGAGCCGCAAAGGGCGGGCGGACCAAAAAAAUACCGGCGACCGGCCAGAGGGAGCGGAAGACGAAGCGGCACGCGCAGCGACCGACUCGCCAAUCUCGGAGGUGUCGACGCCAGGCGAGGCACCGAACAGCGCGUCGGAUGCCGUGCAGCCCGAAUCAGCGCCUGGCAUUUACUGGGACCUGCUCGGCGACCAGUUGUGCCUCUUGCAGUGCGCGCCUACGUCCUCGGCUGGCGUCAUGUACGGCUCUGCCGCACACAUUCGCCCUGUGAAUGACGAGCGCGACGAGGCGCAGUGGCUCUGUGCAUCGGUCCUGGAGCCGGUCUUUUCGAGCACCCUCCCGAAAGAGUGUGCCCGUCUGCGAACCAAGUGCUUUGGCCCCGGCCCGGUCGCUACGCCUGCCCCCCGCCGCCUAAAGCGCACGACUUCUGCGCCGAGCACGCAGCCCGUUGACAAAAAAGAGCCGCUGCCUACGCUGCGUACCGAGGAACGCACCAUGAUCCGCGCCGACCGCAAGCAGCGCGAAGUGGUGAUGCCACGACAGCUCAAGCGCAGCACGAGCGUAAGCGCAGCACCGGCGGCCGCGCCUCCCAAUAAGCGCAAGCGGCCGGCGAGCCGGUGGGGCGCGGCGGCCGAAGGGCAUACACUUGUCUGUGCGACGCCCGAGAAGCCGAAGCAGCUUGUGCCCCAAAAUCCCGACCGCGUCACGUUUCCCCGAGCCGACGUCGCCGGGUGA